GAGAUGGGGAGGCGAUGAUAAUGGAUGAACCUGAAAGCUUUCUGCAACGAAUUUCCUUUUCAUAAGCACACAAAUUCACAAUCUCGUCAUUUAUUUGUCCUUCUUCAUUUUCGAGCCUCACGAACCAGGCUUUCAAGAGUCACGAGAUAAUUCUAUGGGAUGCGCAACGUUUGACGAUUUAUGACUACACGAACAUCUCUUCUACCUUCAAAAUGGAUGUUGUAUUUCAAGACUUCCGGCAAGCCUAUGAGGAGGGUAAUGGCUACGAUCUGUCAAUGUCCCUGUCCCCCAUAGCUCCCGACUCUCAACCGGACCGACUUGUCAACUUCUAUAGAAGCACAAACUUUGCGCAUGUUCAGAGAGACUUCAAGUAUCGAAUCUUGCAUGACGCUACUUCACCUUUCAAGCUUCCGGCGGAUGAGGGUAAUGGUUGGGUCGAGGUCUAUCACACUUACUGGAAAGCAGUUGGUGAGAUUGUGAACGCUGAAGCAGCAGAUGGAAAUGCAUCAUAUGUGAAAGUAUACGAGGCAUGGAAAGAGAUGACCAAUGUUCUCAUUCGAGGUUACACGAAUUGCAACUUUGAAGCCUGGACGGUGCCUUGUCUGUAUGUGGCAGGAAAAUAUCUCAGAGUGUUCGCCAUCAAGGCAGAUGAGGGCGCGUCCAGUGCAAACGGGGCAUCUUCGGCGAAGAAUUUUCAGGAUGACGACUUCAAUCCUGAGGCAGAGAAAAACGAGAAGCUGGAAGAUGCUGCUCGAGUGUUGAACAAAGUAUUCCAGACCUGCUUGAGUGAUAGAGCACCUCUUGAAGAAUCUCGAAAAUGGGGUAUAUACAAUAUCAUCAACUUGUUGUUCAAGACCUACUUCCGAUUGAAUUCGAUCAGCUUGUCAAAGAACAUUCUGAAUGCAAUUCAGGCAUACAGAGGCGACAUGCCAUCAUUAGAUGCCUUUCCCAAGGCCCAUCGAGUGACGUUCAAGUACUACGUUGGAGUCAUCAAAUUCUUAGAGGAGUCGUACGAAGAGGCUGAGAAACACCUCACUGAAGCCUGGCUUCUAUGCCACAAGGACUCCAUCAAGAAUAAGGAACUCAUUCUGACCUACCUGAUCCCAUGCCACCUCCUCACAACCCACACGCUACCCUCUCUCGCCCUCCUCAAACCAUAUCCUCGCUUACAGAAGCUCUUCCUUCCUCUGUCCCGCUGUAUCAAAAAGGGCGACCUAUCAGGCUUCGACGCAGCCCUCGUAGCAGGCGAAGACGAGUUCACCAACCGCCGCAUCUACCUAACCCUAGAACGCGGCCGAGACAUCGCCUUACGCAACCUUCUUCGCAAAGUGUUCAUCGCGGGCGGAUUUGAAGAAGCCAAGGAUGCCAACACCGCACUCGUCCGUCGAACCCGAAUCCCCAUCUCGGAAUUCGCUGCUGCGAUCAGCUUGGGCAGUCACGAAGUGAUGGAUACCGACGAAGUGGAAUGUUUGAUCGCAAACAUGAUCUACAAGAACCUAAUGAAGGGUUACAUUGCCCGCGAACGAGCUAUCAUAGUGCUUAGCAAAGGCGGAGCCUUCCCCGGCACUGGUGUUUGAAGCUGGCAUC